UACUUGUAAUGAUUUUUUAAUGAUUUUCUUUUACAUUUUCUACUAAGACAAAAUGUAUAAUUACUGGUGCUUGCCAAAGGCAAAGCAUCACUAUUGUUCUCUUGCAUACCUAUUAUUAUUCUUCUGGACUACUCCUCCCGCACCGUUUGUCAUCGACUCAUGAAUGAGGUGUCAAAUCGUGCGGAUUAUUGAGGAGAGGUGUGUUAUGACAUUUAUAAACAAUUGGGUGUUUGAUAUUCGCCCAGUGGGACUUUUGACUUAUGCUAGCAAACUGGGCUUCCAACAUGCUACACUACACUAAUAAUUUUUAUAUAAAGCAUUUCAAAUUACAGUCGUGCACAAAUAAACCCGCUUUGUGUUGAAGCUUUUCCUUAUGAAGAUCUGUUUUUUUCCUGUAUAGUUUCCCAUUUCUGUUGUGCUUUAUAUUGUGUGUUUGUGUCAGUGAGGUUCUCCUCUGCACCCUUUCACCUGAAGAACAGGAGCCCCGGCGAAACGACCAGCGUCUGAACAAACAAACAGCUCCGUCUUAUCCGCCCAGACCAUCAGCAAAGGAAAUAAAACUUCAAACUCUCUCCUAACGGCCCUUUGAACAGCCGUGUUUGCCUGACCUCUCUGAGCAAAGGCAGUAUAUUGCCAAACGGAAGUCAUUUAGGGAAAUCGCUCCUUGUGGAUGUUUUUCCAGCCCAUUUAAAAACUUCUGAAUUUGUUUAGCGUUAUUUGAUGAGGAAAUCGCCUGCAGAGCACAAACACACAUACGCGUGUGUUAGAGUGACUGUGUUUCAUAUCUCACAUCACUCAGGAACUGGCAUUAAUAUUCUGUUAUUUUUACAUGGAUUUCGUCAGACUGAGAUUCUCUAUGGAGUUAAAACAGUGUUUUAUGGGGGAAUUUACAACAUAUGGUUUGUGUGUGUGUAUUUAUAUAUCUGUGCAUCUUUCUUUACAGUAAAUGACACUUGCAUUGAUAUUGUGAAGUGUAUAAAUACUUUUUAGGGCCCUGUGUGUAAAUAUAGUAUAUGCAAUUUAUAUACAAGUUAUUGUAGAAGAUAACAACAUAAUAUUGAAAAAAAGUAGUAAAUAACAACAUUCACAUACUGAAUAUGAGCAUUACACAGUUCUUCAGAUGUUCACACUAACACUCUGGAGAUCAAAGGAACACGUGUGUCACUGGGCCACACCCCUUUCGACCAGCCCUCCCUGCUGAUUGGCAGUCAGGACAGGGUCACGCCCACUUAUCCAGCCCUCUCUGCUGAUUGGCUGACAGGUCAGCAAUAAAAACCCCAAAUAAUGGGGCCACAGACACUUGCCGUCAUCUGAACGCAGGAGGAGGACAGACAGGCUGCGUUUACUCAGCUUCACCAUCCACGUUUCUUCAGUAAGUUUUCAUGAAUCUCAGCUGGAGGAAAACCCCUUGUGGAUUUACAGCCAGAUCAGAACCGUCGAGAUGAUCAGAGUUCUGCUGGUUCUGCUGCUGCUGGGGUCCGUGGAGGGCAGGAGGGUUCGGGGUCAGCGGACUCAGAGUCGCCGGACGGACACACCAGAGAGUUUUCCUCUGGAUUUCACAGCUGUGGAGGGAAACAUGGACAGUUUCAUGACUCAGGUGAAAAACUUGGCUCAAUCCCUCUAUCCCUGCUCAACUCAGAAACUGGACCAGGAGAUGAAGCUUCAGUUCUUGAGGAACUCAUCGGUCACCUGUAACGACGGCUCACCUGCUGGUUACUACAUAAAGGAGUCCCGAGGCAGCCGGCGGUGGCUGAUGUUCCUGGAGGGUGGAUGGUACUGCUUCAGCAAACACACCUGCGACAGCAGAUACGAGACCAUGAGACGGCUCAUGAGUUCCAGUAAAUGGCCUCCGACCAGGACAGGAACAGGGAUUCUGUCUCCUCAGCCGGAGGAAAAUCCACACUGGUGGAAUGCAAACAGAGUGUUUGUGCCGUACUGCUCCAGUGACGUGUGGAGCGGAUCAUCAGCAAAGACAGACCAGAAUGAUUACGCGUUCAUGGGUUCUCAGAUCAUUCAGGAGGUCAUAAAGGAGCUCGUGACUAAAGGACUCGACAGCGCUAAAGUCCUGCUGCUGGCCGGGAGCAGCGCCGGCGGGACAGGCGUCCUGUUGAACGUGGACCGUGUGUCGGAGCUGCUGAAGGAUCUGGGUCACGGCUCUGUUCAGGUCCGCGGGCUGGCAGACUCAGGCUGGUUUCUGGAUAAUAAACAGUACCGCUGCAGCGACUGCAUCGACACCAUCAGCUGCGCGCCGACCGACGCCAUCAAGAGAGGAGUCCGGUACUGGCACAGUGUGGUUCCAGAGCGCUGCAGUGAAGCCCAUGGUGGUGAGGACUGGAACUGCUUCUUUGGCUAUAAGGUUCAUCCAACACUGAAGAUGCCGGUGUUUGUGGUUCAGUGGCUGUUUGAUGAGGCUCAGCUGACAGUUGAUAACGUCCAUCUGACGGGUCAGCCGGUACAGGAGAGCCAGUGGCGAUACAUCCAGAACUUGGGCAGCGAACUCAGAAACACCCUCAAAAACGUCCCGGCCAUGUUUGCUCCCGCCUGUUUGUCCCAUGAGAUCAUCACUAGAAGUUACUGGAUGGACAUCCACGUGAAAGGUACCUCGCUUCCACGAGCGCUCCAGUGCUGGGACCGCAGCCUCCGUAACCACGGCAACGGCAGCAGCGUUCAGGCUCCGCCCAGGGGCUGCCCCCUCCACUUGAUUGACAGCUGUCCGUGGCCCCAUUGCAACCCCACGUGCCCCACGAUCAGAGAGCAGCUAACGGGGCAGGAGAUGAGCGUCGUCCAGUUCCUCACGCACCUGGGCUUCGACGUGCAGCGCAUGGCACAGCAGCAGGGCAUGGAGCCCAACAAACUACUGGGCAUGCUCAGUAACGGCACCUGACACGGAGACCACGCAAAAAGCCUCGACAUACUCAAGUCCUACUCGUGUUUUCUCAAAGGUCCGGCCCUGUUUGUGAUCAAUUAGGGUGUGCUUUUCUAUAGACUGAAUAAUAAGCAGUGCAGGAAAUGAACUGCUCCAUUAAGAGGCGAUAUUUCCCCUCUUAAAUUGACUUCUAGGGGCAUUUUGAUCUUUAUGAGGGCAGCUUUUCUAACCUUUUUAAACGUGUGCAUCCCCUUAACUGACGCUAUAGGCUGUUAUCAAAUGAAUUCAGUAUCGACUGCCACUACGAUGUAUUUACAGAGUGCAUUUACACUGCAGUUACAAUUGCAUCAAUAACGUUAUGAGAGUAAUGUAGAUUAAUGAAUACUGAAAUAUAAAACGUAAAUGUACUUUAAAAAUAUGAAACUGAAACCGCCUGUAGGUGUCUUAAUGAGUGAGUCAUUGAUUCAUUCACUCAACCAAUUCAUUCGAAACAGCUGAUUCAUUCAGGAAUGAAGCAAGUAACUUUUUUUAUGAAUGAGUCAUUGAAUCACUGACUCAACCGAUUCAUUCAAAAACGCAGGAUCAUUCAGGAACCGAACACGACCCUGGAAGUAUUUUCUUUGGCGGAAUAAAGAAAAAACGGUCAAUAUUGACAAAAUUGUGUCUAAAAUGUUUGUCACUUUUAAUAUUAACUUAGCAGCCUAUUUUUAAGUAAUUUAUUGAUUAUAUACCUUUGGAUAAAGUAUAAAAUAGUGACUAUUUCAUAUAGAAUUAUGGAAGCUUGUUUCCGCCACAAAAAAAUAAAAAAAAUUAAAAAAAGAUGACUUUUGUAAUUCGCAGUUCUGACUUUAUAACACAAUUCUGACUUUAUA